AUGGAAAAUGCACCUUAUCACUCCGUGAAGCAGGAAAAGGAGCCGCGAAUGAGAAGCCCGACAAAGAAAAUACUGGACUGGCUUUCUGCAAAGGAUGUUGCGUAUGGCCAGGACAUGGUGAAGGCUGAGCUCAUGAAGCUAGUCGAAAACACUAGCACGGGUGGAGACCAAUACCGAGUGGACUGUAUCGCUCCAGCAUCGGGCCGCCUCGUUGUGCACUUGCCACCCUAUCACUGGCAACUGAAUCCGAUAAAGCUCGCAUGGGGUGACGUCAAAAGCUUCGUGCCCUGGGAAAACAAGGCAUUCAAGAUACAAGGCGUGGAGCCGCUGGCAUGGAAGGGGAUGCAACAAGUGAGUGCAGAGAAGUGGAAGAGGUACGUAAAGCCCGUUCUAGACGAAGACGACUCGAUGACCAGUGUGGAUCGCAUCUUUGAUGAUGUUGUUGACAGUCUGGACCUAAUGGUGGUGAACCUCGGAGAGGACACAAUGAGUAGUGAUGGCACAAUCUCUGCUGGUGAAGACGACCUUCGCUCCAGCAUGGCAGACGUCCUCCUGAUGCGGUGGUCCAAGAAGAUCUCAUGGACGCGACAGAAGUCAUCGACGCAGCAAGAGGCUAUUCAACUGCAGGAGCCAUCGGAUCAACAACAUCAGACGUGGCUCAAGGCAGAUCACCGUUGUCUAAGCAGCAACUAA